UACUUAGAACCACUGGAUCUACUUAGCGCAAAAGAGAAAUUUGAAAAUACAGGAGCACCUUUUAAAGCCGCUUCAUUCUUCUCGGGAGAAAUCUGACAGACGCCUAAAACACAUCGUUUGACAUCCAGAGAUGGGCCGAAGGAAAUGGCACACUUUGCUGGGCAUCGUCCUUUUGUUGGUCACUGUGGGACACUGUGAAAGCAGAGCAGAAUCGAGGCAGAAAACGAGACAAUCGCCUCUAGAUCUCAUUUUAAAAGGCGUGGGAGACAGCAAUCACGGGGGCAGGCACAUAGCCAAACGAUACAGCACUUUAAAUGCCUUGGACCAAGACUACAAACACUUCACGAAGGAAAAAGCCGCGUUUGUCCCAAGGUUGGACAAACCAAUAGAGGUUGUCCAUAGAUACCCCAAUGUGAAAGAAAAGUUCAUAAAGCAUUUUGCAGGACCAAUCUCAUUCUCAUCAGAAUGCAGUAAGCAAUUUCAACGUCUCUACUAUAACACAAGGGAUUGUUCUACACCAGCUUACUAUAAAAGAUGUGCAAGGUUGCUAACAAGAUUAGCUGUGAGUCCAUUGUGUACACAACAUUAAAUGUUUGCCAUACCCAAGUCAUUGAAGAUGGAAACGCAAUUUGCCUAGGAAGUGCCUUGAGAAUUUCCCCAAGAUGGAUCUGAAUUAUAGCUGAUAUUGUUUUGGUUUACAGCAUUGUUUGUUUUAAUUACUGA